AUGCAGAAGGACGUCAAGUGGCCGCUCGGGUGGCCCACAGGCGGGUACCCCGCGCCGCAGGGGCCGUACUACUGCGGCACGGGCGCGGACAAGGCGUGGGGUCGCGACAUCGUGGACGCGCACUACAAGGCGUGCCUGUACGCGGGAGUUAAGAUCAGCGGCAUCAACGCGGAGGUCAUGCCCGGCCAGUGGGAGUUCCAAGUGGGGCCGUGCACGGGCAUUGAGGCGGGUGAUCACCUCUGGAUGGGUCGCUACCUGCUCGAGAGAGUGACGGAGAUGGCUGGUGUGGUUCUGACGCUCGAUCCUAAGCCCAUUGAGGGCGAUUGGAACGGUGCAGGGUGCCACACCAACUACAGCACCAAGGCGAUGCGCGAGGAGGGCGGGUACGACGUGAUCCUGAAGGCCAUUGAGAAGCUGGGCCUGCGGCACAAGGAGCACAUCGCCGCCUAUGGCGAGGGCAACGAGCGACGGCUCACUGGCAAGCACGAGACUGCUGACGUCAACACCUUCUCAUGGGGUGUGGCGAACCGUGGGUGCUCGGUGCGAGUGGGACGGGACACGGAGGCCCAGAAGAAGGGGUACUUUGAGGACCGCCGGCCGGCCAGCAACAUGGACCCCUACGUGGUCACCUCCAAGAUUGCCGACACCACCAUCCUCUGGGACCCCAAGGGUGAGACAGGCGUUGCCCUGCAAUGA